AUGCAUUGCAUAGCAAGAAAUAAUGUUUUUAUAGAGAGUAAUUACCUAGGAGAAAUGAACCAUAAUUGUCAGUAUUGUGGUGCUAAAAAAUUUUUAAAUGAAACACAUUUUUUGUGCUGCCAUUCGGGAAAGGUUGUCUUACCUCCACUUUCACCUUAUCCACCGCUGAUGGUUGAUUUAAUGACAGGCAACCAUGUUGAUCGUGCUUUGAAUCAAAAUUUUUUCAAGCAUAUACGAAAUUAUAAUGCCUGUCUAUCUUUUGCUUCAUUCAUAGCCACAAUAGAUCCUCCGUCAAAUUGUGGUCCACCCUGUUUUAGAAUUAGUGGGCAAAUUAUGCAUCGUAUUGGUAAUCUAAGACAUCAGCAAGGAGAUCCACCUGCUUAUUGUCAAUUAUAUGUUUAUGAUCCUAAUACUGCUUUAAACUUUCGAAUGGAGCAAAAUGAUUGUUGCAUACGUGAGUUAAUGGAACUUUUGCAGACUAUAAUUAAUCAGGAGAACCCAUAUGCGCUUGCAUUUAAAAACAUGGCAGAAGUUGAAGAUGCAGAAAUUCGUCAAGCUGCUAUAGAAGGUCGACCGAUUUCUGUUGUCAAAAUGUCAGGUGAUGCAGGAUGGCAUGAUCAACUAGAGCACAAUCCUGACCGAGCAACACGUGUUCGAAAUCGUUAUGCUGUUGAUGCAUAUGUCAAGAUUGAAGGACAGCGCCUUGCUUUUAUCAGAAAUAACCAAAACAAACUUAGAAGUGAACAAUACGAUACAUUACAUGAGUAUGUAAAUAAUGUUGCAAAUAACCUUAAUCUAGAAACAGCAGAGGAUAUUGAUAGUUUAAUAUCAGCUGAAAUUCCAGAUCAAACUGUUGAUCCUGAACUUUUUGAAAUUGUAAAAACAUGUAUGAUUCAUGGACCAUGUGGGAUUUUAAAUCCCAAUUCUCCUUGCAUGAAAGAUGGAGUUUGCACAAAAAAAUUUCCUAAAGAGUUUAAUCCUUGCACUGUUGCAAUUUUCAAUGGUUAUCCUAACUACAGGCGUUUAGAUAAUGGUAGAGUAGUCAUUAUAAAAGGUAACCAAGUUGAUAAUCGAUGGGUCGUACCCUAUAACCCCUGGUUAUCAAAAAAAUACCAAGCCCACAUUAAUGUUGAAGCUUGCAUGUCUAUUAAGUCAGUGAAGUAUUUAUACAAAUAUGUCUAUAAGGGGCAUGAUUGUGCGAAUGUGGUAAUUAAUGAAAGUGUUGACCAUGAUGAAAUUAACACAUAUUUAGACUGUCGCUUUGUUUCCGCCCCAGAGGCUCUUUGGCGAAUAUAUGAGUAUUCCAUAAGUGAUAUGUCACAUACUAUUAUCCGCCUUCAAAUCCACCUUCCUGAUAAUCAGAGAGUACAUUUUAACGAAGGAGAAGAACAAGUAGCUAUAGAUCGUGCAGCACAGCGUGACACUCACCUAACCGCUUGGUUUAAGUUAAAUGCUGAAAAUAAUGAAGCACGUCAGUAUUCUUAUGUUGAAAUUCCAUAUCACUUUGUUUUUGGUAAAAAUUGCAUGUGGAAAGUAAGACAAAGAGGUAGUGAUAAGGUGGUUGUUCGAAUGUAUAAAGUCAGUUCAUUUUGCGAAUUAUUUUUUCUCAGGUUGUUACUUUUGCAUGUAAAAGGUGCAAAGUCUUUCGAGGAUUUGCGUACUGUUCAUGGUACUGUUUUUAAUACAUUUCGUGAAGCAUGUUAUCAUUUAGGUUUAUUGCAAGAUGACAUUGAGUGGAGAAAUACAUUAAUUGAAGCUGCUGCAACUCGGAUGCCUAAACAAAUUAGGCUACUGUUUUGCAUCAUAUUAACUUUAUGUGAACCUGAUGAUCCUUUACACCUUUGGAAUACAUUUAAAAAUUAUAUGGUUGAGGAUUACAUACACCAUUCAAUGCCAGUCGUACUUGCUGAGCAGGCAGCUCUUCGUCAAAUUGAAUCUAUAAUUAUUCAGAGUGGUAAAACCUUAGCUGAUUAUAAUUUGCCAGCUUUAGAUCAGUUUUUAGAUAAUGUCCCAGAAAAUGAUGAUGAAGAUGUUCAGGCGUUUAUUGAUGAAGCAAACCGAGUUAGACCAUUAUUGAAUGAUAAUCAACGUAAUGUAGCUGAUGCGAUCCUUGCUGCACUAAGUGUGGAACCUACUAAUGAAAAUAAGCAUUCAAGGUUGUUUUUUAUGGAUGGGCCUGCCGGUUGUGGUAAAACAUUUACUUACAACUAUUUAAUUUCUGAAACACAGAGCAGGCAUAUUAGAACUGCAACAGCUGCAUGGACAGGAAUAGCUGUAACUCUUCUCAAAAAUGAGUGCACAAUGCAUGGCUUAUUCAAACUUCCUGUUCCAAUUUUGGAAACUAGCACAUGUAAUGUAACUUCAAACUCUAUUCAUGGUAGAUUCCUGAGACAAAUCAGUUUGUAUUUACUUGAUGAAGCAUCUAUGAUACCCAAAUAUGCUUUGAGUGCCAUUGAUAAGCUAUUACAAGAUAUUUGUAAUAACAACUUUCCUUUUGGUGGUAAGGUUAUUCUUAUGGGUGGAGACUUCAGACAAAUACUUCCAGUUGUGAAGCGAGGUCGACCAGCAGAAGUUAUAGAAUCAUGUUUAAAAUGUUCUGAACAUUGGCAAUAUGUGCAAAGGUUCUCAUUAACUGUAAACAUGAGGGUUCAGAUAGAAGAAGAGGAAUUUUCUCAAUGGCUUUUAAAGCUUGGAAGUGGAGCAUUACCUGUCAAGCCUGAAGAUCCUUUGCGAGGGUGUAUUGAAAUACCUGAGCAGUGCUUUCUCAGUGAUAAUGAAUCUAUUGUGGAGAAGAUUUUCGGUGGUGCAGAAGAAGCUGAUUAUGCAAAACGUGCUAUUUUAACGCCAACAAAUGUUGAUUCAUUGGCAACAAAUGAAGAAGUCCUUCAUCGCUUACCCGGUGAUGUGAAAACAUAUUUAAGUUCAGAUAGCAUUGAUACUGAUGAUCUUAAUGAAGUUAAUAAUUUUCCAGUCGAGUUUUUAAAUAGUUUGACUCCAUCAGAUCUCAAAGGUGGACUUUGUAAUGGAACCCGUUUGAUGGUGCGUGCAUUACACAACAAUUAUAUUGAUGGUGAGGUUUUAACAGGUGUAUCAGCUGGUAACAGGGUAUUUGUUCCUCGAGUUCAAUUAGCUCCAUCAGAUGCAAAUUUACCUUUUACACUUAAACGCCGUCAGUUUCCAGUUAGGUUAGCAUACUCAAUGACCAUAAAUAAAAGUCAAGAUCAAACAUUUGAAAAAUUUAUACAAGUUUAUAUUAAGUUGUUUCCAUGUGAAAAGUUGUGUUACUUGGCAACGUGUAGUGCAAGAUUGUGA